AUGCGCGGCCCGCCGCUGCGCCUGCGCGUCGUCGUCGUCAUGGACCAGCACUUCAACGACUGGGACUUGCAGGCCGUCGUGAGGAGCUGCAGCUUCCCGCAGCCGGAACAGCCCGCGGGCGGGCCUACUCGCGUCGGCGGCGUCGGCAGUGCAGUCCCGGCGCCGCCGGAAGCGGCAGGGGCUCCGGCGGGGCCGGGCCAGGUGACGCGGGCGCCGGAAGGCGCCGCGGCCAAAGCCAAGGCGGCGGGCGCGUCGGCGCUGUACGACCUGGAGUACCUGGAUUUGGAUCAUAAGCCGUUCUUUCUGCCAGGGUCGUCGUCGUCGUUCCGGGCGGUGGCGCGGACACGUGGGGAGGAUGACAGUAAAAGCCAUGAGGUGAUGAUCUCUUUCCCCGCCGCCGCCGCCUCCACGUCCGGCGCGCAGCCGCGGUCGCCGUCCGGCCGGAAGCCGGGCAUACGCACCCCACGCCCUAAGAGAAGCAAGAAGAGCCAGCUGAAGAAGGUGGUGUACGAGGUGCCGGUGGCGGACGGCGGCGUCUCCUCCGACCUGUGGGCGUGGCGCAAGUACGGCCAAAAGCCCAUCAAGGGCUCGCCUUAUCCACGGGGAUACUACAAGUGCAGCAGCAUGAAGGGGUGCAUGGCCAGGAAGAUGGUGGAGCGCAGCCCGGCCAAGCCCGGGAUGCUCGUCGUCACCUACAUGGCUGACCACUGCCACCCCGUGCCGACGCAGCUCAACGCGCUCGCCGGCACCACGCGCCACAAGUGCACCCCUGCUGAGGAUGACCUGCAACCGACGACGAAGACGGCGGCGGCGGCGGCGACGCCGACGUCUCCCAGGAGUCACGAGGGGCGCCCUGUAGCCGGCAAAGCGGCCGCCGGCGGAGGGACGGUGAAGUGCGAGGACGACGACAACGAGCUGUCUGCGGUGGCCGCGGAGGACGUCGCCGCCGCGGGGGCGGAUGACGACAGCGAGUUCUGGCCGCCGGAGGGGAUGGAGCUGGAGCUGGACGACUUCUUGGGUUCCAUGGACGACGACGUGUUCGACCAUGUCUUGGAAGACGGAGUGCUGCGGCGACGGCUCUCGCUGUAGCUGCAGCUCUUGAAGAGAAGCUGUAGCGUUUACGAGCCUUUAGGACAGUUGACUGGCAGCUCCACCUGACCUGAUCACCUCCUUUGUGUGUGAGAGAGAGGUCUUGCAGCGCGAGAGAUCCAAGCCAUGUAUAGGCGGUUUUAUUUGUGCGUGUUUGUGGCAUGAUCUCUCUCAAGUGUCAAGUCUCAAGUCAAGGUUCCAAGUAUAUAUGCAUGAAUACGUGUGUAUGAUCGUUGUAAUCUCCGGUAUGUUGGUGCGCAUUGCCAUUUGCGCUCCUGUGCGUAAUUCUCGUGGUUGCUGAUUUUGUCGAACACGUGGACCGGUCUAUGAGAAAGCAAAGUGACAGCUUCAGUACGGUUUGCCUAGUACAACCGGAUCCUCUGACAUAAAGUUAGACAAUCCAU